AUGGCUUUGCGGCAUCUGGAUAGCGCCCCGAAGGAGGAAGAAUUCACCCCACUUCAGGAGCACCAGGAGCAGACACCGAGUACCUUCUUCGGCAGCAAGCCCGUUCUCUAUGCGCAUUAUUCGAACUUGACGCUUGCGAUAUCCACGAGCGGUCUGCAAUUGGAUCCUGCCAUAGCAAAGUUUGCCGCUUCCGCGGACGAGCAAGCAGCUGAGGGAGAUUCGCUAAUCCGCGACGUUGACAUCUGGGUGAGCUCCAGGGAUGUCACACUGUUCCAGCAGACUCCCGCAGCGACAGGCGUCUCAAUAACGUACCCUCAAAUCUCCCUCCACGCCACCAUGAAAUACAAGUCCCAGAUCGAAGCUUUGUUGAUGAAACUCUGCCUCACCGAUAUCGAAACCGUCAACAGCGAAGAAGAGAUAGAAACCUUAGAUAUAGUUGUUCUUCCCCCGAAUUUUGCCUCCGAGCCCGACACCACCUGUAUCAAGGAGAUCUUCACUGCCAUGAACGCAUGUGCAGACUUACAUCCUGAUCCCGAUGAUUCCGAAGAAGGCGACCAAGAAGAUGAAACUGCGCCUGGCGCUACAGGGUGGAUCACGGCGGACAAUAUGGGUGAAUACUUGGACGAGGACGGCAACUUCAAAGGUCACAUCUACGGGGAUGCCGAGGAGAGCGAGCAGCUGGGUCCUGGUGCUGGUACGGUGAGGCCCAGGGAAGAGGAGGCGGAUGAGCAUACGAAUGGAGUGAAUGGAGAGGAUGGAGAAACAAAGUGGCAGCGCACCGGUUAG